AUGCGUAUGCACAAGGGUGAGGGUAGACAGAAACUGGUUAAAUGUGAUGUGUGUAGUAAAAACUUUCGUGAUAAAACAGCUUUGGAAAGUCACAAAAGAAUUCAUUCAAAGGAAAAGCCUUUUGGGUGUAAAAGUUGUGGUAAAGCCUUCAGAACAAAGACAGAGUUAAAUUCACAUGUAAAAACACAUAACAAACAGCAAUUGUACAGUUGUCAAGUUUGUGAGAAGACAUAUACACACCCAAGAUCACUGAAAAAACAUGAAAAAACACAUUCACCAGAUAACCCAAAUAUAUGUGAUUUCUGUGGGAAGUCAUUGAGGGAUAAGAGCUCGCUCAGAGAUCAUCGGAGGCUUCAUACAGGUGAAAGACCUUAUAAAUGUGACGUUUGUGGUAAAAAUUUCCCUAACAAUAGUGGAUAUAAAAGUCAUAUGAUCAAACAUAUAGGAAUAAAAGCUUUUGUAUGUGAUAUCUGUGGAAAGGGAUACUACUCUAACAACAAUUUACAAGCUCAUAUUAGACUUCAUACAGGAGAGAAACCCUUUAAAUGUGAUUUUUGUGAUAAGCGCUUUUCAAGCAGACGACAUUUACCAAGACACGAGAGAAGUCAUACUGGCGUCCGUCCUUAUCAGUGUGAAAAAUGUGGAAAAGCCUUUACAGAUGGUUCUAGUCUUUUAGCUCACAGCAAAACUCAUUCUGGAGAAAGACCCCAUCGCUGUGAGUUCUGUGCAAAAUCUUUCACCCAAAGCAGCCAUCUUUCUAAGCACCUGAAAUUUCACUUGGGUGAGAAAGACUAUGAAUGUGAAGUAUGCUUGAAGAGAUUCUUUCACAAGGGACAUUUAGAUCGACAUUCAAGGAUACAUACAGGCGAGAAGCCCUACUCAUGUAAAGUUUGUGAGAAAUCGUUUGCUAGAGAUGACUAUUUAGUGAAACACAUGACAAUACAUGUCAAACAAAAUGAAUCCAUUGAUUCUUUCUAA